AUGAUUACUAGAGCAUCUGCUCCUAUAUUGAGUCCAUUUGUAAGUCCUAUAGAGCUAACAAAGGGGACUACAUUUCGCGUUUUGUGUUCAACUUUUAAAGGAUCCGAACCUCUAUUUUUUGAGUGGAAAUUGAAUGGACAGACAAUUAAGUCCAUUCCUGAUGUCAACUAUAAGAUUGAAACGAGUAAUGAAUUUUCAACAUUUAGUAUCAAAAAUAUUGAAACAACAGAUGCGGCCAACUAUUCAUGUAUUGUUUCCAAUACAUUGGGAACUGACUCACAAUCAGUUUCCACUUCUGAUACCAAUUAUAAGAUUGAAAGUUCUCAGAGGUUUUCUACACUAAUCAUUGAAAGUGUUGCCGAAAGCGAUGCCGCAAACUAUACGUGUGGUGUAACUAAUGCUUAUGGAUCUGAUAGUCAAUGGGUUGUACUGUCAAUCAAAGUACCAAAAUUAGCUCCAUUGCCAUCACGGACUCAAACUCAUGGAUCAUAUUUUCAUGUGUUUUGUGCCCUUCAAGAGGGAUCACUUCCAAUAUUUUUUGAGUGGUCUCGUAAUGGACAGACACUUAAGUCCAGUCCUAAUGUCAACUAUAAGAUUGAUAAUUAUGAAAGACAUUCAACUCUUUCAAUAGCAAGCAUUACGAGCGCUGACGUCGGGAACUAUAGCUGUUCGGCAGCUAAUGCUAUGGGAACUGAUAGUCAAACGUUUCGACUGACAGUUAAAGCUCCUAAAUUGAGUCCAUUUGUGAGUCCUAUUAACCAAACUAAAGGCAAAACAUUUCGUGUUUUGUGUUCAAUACUUAAAGGAUCCGAACCGCUGUUCUUUGAGUGGCAAUUGAAUGGACAGACAAUUAAGUCCAGUCCUGAUGUCAACUAUAAGAUUGAAACGAGUAAUGAAUUUUCCACAUUUAGUAUCAAAAAUAUUGAAACAACAGAUGCGGCCAACUAUUCAUGUGUUGUCUCCAAUACAUUGGGAACUGAUUCACAAUUAGUUGUCCUAAAUGUUAUAGAUUUAGCACCUAAACUAUCACCUAUUGUUAAAUAUAAAAAUCAAAGUAUUGGUACAUAUUUUGAUGUGUUUUGUUCAAUACAAUUGGGAUCAUUGCCGGUAUUUUAUGAAUGGUAUAAAAAUGGUCAGUCAAUCAAAUCUAGUGUCGACACUAACUAUAAGAUUGAAAAUGCUAAGAGACUGACGACACUGACCAUUGAAAAGUUGACCGAAAGCGAUGCCGCAAACUAUACGUGUAGUGUUAACAAUGCUUAUGGAUCUGAUAGUCAAUGGGUUGAACUGUCAAUCAAAGUCCCAAAGUUAGCACCUUCAGUUAGCCACAGGAGCCAAACUGUGGGCACAUACUUUCAGAUAACAUGUACAUUACAACAGGGAUCGGGUCCUAUUAAUUUUGAAUGGCAUAAAAAUGGACAGUUACUCAAAUCGGGUCCAAAUGUUAACUAUAAGAUCGAUAAUUUUGAAAUGUUUUCAACAUUUACCAUAAAAACUAUCGCAAGACAUGAUUCCGGCAAUUAUUCGUGUUUUGUAAGGAAUCCUAUGGCAAGUGAUUCACAAUCAACUGUACUGUCAAUCAAAGCACCAAAAUUAGUGCCAUUAUAUAAUAGAAACCAAAGUAUUGGUUCAUAUUUUCAAGUGUUGUGUACAACACAAGAGGGUUCACUUCCUCUACAGUUUGAAUGGAAAAGAGAUGGACAGACACUACAGUCCAGAGCAGACACUAACUAUAAGAUCGAGAACUCUAUCCGAUUCUCGACGCUUACUAUUGAAGCCAUUGACACAACCGAUGCCCAUAACUACUCGUGUGUUGUCAUCAAUGGUAUCGGUAGUGAUACACAAUAUGUUGUACUUAAUGUUAAAGCUCCAAAAAUAAGUACAUUUUUGAGCCAAAAGAAUCUAAAAGAGGGCUCAUAUUUUCAAAUCACGUGUACUAUUGAAGAGGGAAGUCCUCCGAUUUUCUUUGAGUGGGCUAUUAAUGGACAGACAGCUAAACCCAGUCCUAAUGUAAACUAUAAGAUAGAUAAUUAUGACAUGUUUUCAACAUUUGUCAUAACGAGUAUCACUCGUAAAGACUUCGGUAAUUACACGUGUGUUGUGAGGAAUGCCAUCACAAGUGACACACAAUCCGUUUUGUUAUCCAUUAAAGCUCCAAAUAUAAUGCCAUUUAUGAGUCAAAGAAAUCUGAAAGAGGGCUCAUAUUUUCAAAUCACGUGUACUAUUGAAGAGGGAAGUCCUCCACUUUUCUUUGAGUGGGCUAUUAAUGGACAGACAGCUAAACCCAGUCCUGAUGUUAACUAUAAGAUUGAUAAUUACGAUAUGUAUUCUGCAUUUGUCAUAACGAGUAUCACUCGUAAAGACUCCGGUAAUUACACGUGUGUUGUGAGGAAUGCCAUCGCAAGUGACACACAAUCCGUUUUGUUAUCCAUUAAAGCACCAAAAUUGACUCCACUAUUGAGUCCUAGAGUUCAAUCCAAAGGCACAUCUUUUCGUGUUUUGUGUUCAAUACUUAAAGGAUCCGAACCGCUGUUCUUUGAGUGGCAAUUGAAUGGACAGACAAUUAAGUCCAGUCCUGAUGUUAACUACAAGAUUGAAAUGAGUGAUGAAUUUUCCACAUUUAGUAUCAAAAAUAUUGAAACAACAGAUGCGGCCAACUAUUCAUGUGUUGUCUCCAAUACAUUGGGAACUGACUCACAAUCAGUUGUCUUAUCAGUUAAAGCUCCAAAACUGACCCCAUUGUUGAGUCCUCGUAAACAAAACAAUGGUUCACUAUUUCAAGUGUUUUGUUCAGUACAAGAAGGAUCAGGUCCUCUAUUUUAUGAAUGGCAAAGAAAUGGACAAACAAUUGAGUCGUCCAUUAGUGAUGUUAACUAUAAAAUUGCAAAUUUUCAAAGUUUUUCUACAUUUACUAUCGAAAGCGUUUCGCCAAAAGAUUCCGGAAAUUAUUCCUGUUUUGUAAGGAAUAUCAUUGCAAACGAUAUUCAAACAGUGAUUCUUAUUGUUAACGCACCAAAAUUGAUGCCAUUAUUGAAUCAUAGAAAUCAAAAGUUGGGAUCAAUUUUUAGAAUAACCUGUUCUCUAGAGGAGGGCUCACACCCACUAAUUUUUGAGUGGUCUAAAAAUGGACAGACAUUGAAAACUGUUUCUGAUAAUAAUUAUAUGAUUAACGAUUCCGGUAACUAUACGUGUGUUGUACACAAUGGUAUGGGAAGGGAUAGUCAAUCGGUUGAACUAACUAUUAAAGAUGAGGGCUCAYACCCACUGUUUUUUGAGUGGUCUAAAAAUGGACAGACAUUGAAAUCAAUUUCUGAUACAAAUAAUAAUUAUGUGAUAAGUAAUUUCAAAAGUCAUUCAACUUUUACCAUUGAAAGUAUAAUACGAGACGAUUCCGGUAACUAUACGUGUGUUGUACACAAUGGUAUGGGAAAGGAUAGUCAAUCAGUAUUGCUAACUAUUAAAGCCCUAAAACUAUCGCCACUCGUUUCUCGGACACAAAGCUUGGRUUCAUAUUUUCAGAUAACRUGUAMUAUACAGGAGGGCACACCUCCUUAUUUCUUUGAGUGGGCUAUUAAUGGCCAAACAGUCAAACCGGGACCCGAUGUUAACUAUAAGAUUGAAAAUUAUGAAAUGUUUUCAAYRUUUGUGAUUAAAARCAUUGUCAUAACCGAUGCGGCAAACUAUACGUGUUUUGCCAAAAAUGACAUCCAAUCUGACAUCAAAUUUGUUGUCCUCACUAUUACUGUACCUAAGCUUAAUCCAUUGAAUUCACGACAACUAAUAGAAGGAUCAUAUUUUGAUGUCUAUUGUUCAAUACAAUUGGGAUCACUUCCUGUAUUUUUUGAGUGGACUAAAAAUGGACAAAAAUUAAAGUCCAUUUCUGAUACCAAUUAUAAGAUUGAUAGCUCUCAUAGAUUAUCGACUCUUAUCAUUGAAAGUGUUGACAAAAGCGAUGCCGCAAACUAUACGUGUAGUGUCAACAAUGCUUAUGGAUCUGAUAGUCAAUCGGUUUUAUUAACAAUUAAAGCCCCAAAAUUGAUGCCAUUAUUGAAUCAUAGAAAUCAAAAGUUGGGAUCAGUUUUUGUAAUGACAUGUUCUCUAGAGGAGGGCUCACACCCACUGUUUUUUGAGUGGUCUAAAAAUGGACAGACAUUGAAAACCAUUUCUGAUAAUAAUUAUGUGAUCAGUAAUUUUAAAAGUCAUUCAACUUUUACCAUUGAAAGUAUUAAACGAGAUGAUUCCGGUAACUAUACGUGUGUUGUGCACAAUGGUAUGGGAAGGGAUAGUCAAUCGGUAUUACCAUCUAUUAAAGCGCCUAAAAUUAGUUAUACGGGUUUAACACAUAAAACACAAGACAUUGCCUCUAAUUUUCAAGAAUUUUGUUCACUUGAAAGAGGUUCACAUCCCGUGUUCUUUGAGUGGUCCAGAAAUGGACAGACAUUCAAACCGGGACCGGAUGUCAACUAUAAGAUCGAUAAUUUCAAAAUGCACUCAACAUUUACUAUUGAGUCGAUAUCCAUGAGUGAURUCGGGAACUAUAGUUGUGUUGUUAGCAAUGCUUUCGGAUCCGAUUCUCGCAGUAUUUUGUUAUCCAUUAAAGACCAUUAA